AUGCCCCCCAAGAAGAAGAAAGCCGCCAAGAAGGGCUCCAGCAAAGAACCGAAAAAGAAGACCGCCGGUAAAAAAGACAAGUCUCCUAAGAAAGGAGGGAAAUCCAAGAGCCCCUCGAAGGGCAAAGGCGGCAAGGGCAAGAAAGGAAAGGGCAAGGAAAAUAAGCCUGAGUCCGACUCGGAGGAAGAAGAACCGCCGCCGCCGACGGAGCGCGAGCUGUGGUUACAAGAUGGCGGGAUUCUGCCGCAGAUGACGUGUGGCGCGGAAGAUUUGUUGCGGUACGAAUUGCUGAAGCACGACGAGCGGGAACUGUCUUCAACCAUCGAGGAGAGGCCCCAGUUCGCGUCGUGCAACGGCUACUCGUUAAAUUGGCUCCCGGACGUCAAUAAAAAGUGGCGGCCGACGCCUAAUCUACCAAAUCCACUACUCAAGUCCGACAAAUUACCGAGACUCGGUAAGAGCCACGAACCGGACCGGAAAGGCGUCGAACGGUGCUGGUUGUUGCUACGGUCGCAUUUCGAGCCCAUCGAACCUCCCCCCACAAUAGAUGAGGCAGAAGAAAAGCGGAAGCAGGAGGUCGCCGAGGCUGUUACGUUGAUCCACCGCUUCGUGAGACGGUUUUGUCACGUGAAGAUGGCCGUCGACGCGUUCUUGAAACCUCCACCGAUCGAGGCGCCAAAAAGUCCGGUCUCGGACACAGGCCCCUCGGAUGCUUUUGUGUUGCCUCUGGAAGACAAACAUAAACUACUGGCGCCGCGCAAGGCGUCGCUGCGGGGCUUCUACGACUUCCUCGAAAGCAGCGGAGAGAAAUUUGACGGGGGCUACCCUUAUGAUGAUGCGAAGUGGCGGCCCCUGCAGCUGCUCAUAAGGGAGCACUACUUCGUGCCCCAACACAGCACGCAGUGCGAGGUCAAGCCCCUGUCUUCGGCCGCGGCGUUCGCGCUCGACGCGAUCGAUAACCGAGUAGAUGCGAUCCACCUCCCGGAGAACCGGCCUCGCGUCCUCAAACCCCGUAGAAGGAAGGAGGACCUGCAGCACCGGCCGCUGUCGCCGCGGGAGGCCGUGGACGUGGCCCAUGACGUCGCGCAAGGAAAUUUGGAGGUGGCCGAGUUUGUGGACCAGGACGCGUGCAACGCGCCGGACGUGCACGGCGACCGGCCCCUGACUGUUGCUGUCCUCGCGGGCAAGAUCCGAGCUUUAUGUUUACUCUUGGAGAGAGGCGCGUGGCCGUCGGCGCCGUCCUGCUCGCCCUACGGCAACGGCGCCACGCCCUUACACUACGCCUGUGCGCGUGCGGAUGCGGACUGCGUCCAUAUACUGUUGAGAGGCGGCGCGGAUCCCAAUGCCACGACCACCAACGGCGAAGUCCCUCUCCACUACUUGUGUCGGGCGCCUCUACCAGUCUCGAAGGACGAGUCAGAUGACGAGGCGGAGGACAAGGAGGCGCCCGACGCGAAUCUCACGCAUAUCGCGAAACUACUUAUAGAUUUUGGAGCCCAUCCGGACGGGUACGAAGACCGAACUUUGAAUCGCGGAGACCCGCCGCCGCCGCCCGUCGUCGAGGACGACGGCGGCAAGACGAAGAAGGGCAAGAAGGGCAAGAAGGCGCCGGCCAAGAAGAAGGGUGGGAAGAAGGGCGACAAGAAGGGCGCCGACGAAGCGGAGCCGCCGCCGCCGCCCGAGCCCAUGGGCGCCUUGCAGCACUCCGGCCACCGGGCCUCGUCGGAAACGCAUGCGGCUUUACUCACGCCGUUGCAGCACGCGGCGUCGGUGGGCCACCACGCCAUCGUCAAGGAACUGUUGCGGCGGGAGGCGCGGGCCGCGGUCGUCGCCGAGACCGAUGCUGGGGAUAGAAGGACGGUCGUGUCGCUCUGUGGGCGGGCUUUGUCUACCGAAGAGCCACCUGCUGAAGCGUUCGCUACAUUAUGUACGCUGCGGACGUAUCUUCAUUUACCACCUCCACUACCUCCCGCCAAAGGUGGUGGUGGUGCAGGUAAGAAGAAGGGCGGCGGCAAGAAGAAGAAGGGCGGGAAGAAGAAGAAGUAAGUAGCUUGUGACUGUGAUCUUCUCGUCGAUGGCGUGUUGCGGUGCUAG